AUGGCUUCAGGUGAUGGUCAUGCCGGCAGGGCACCGCAGUUUGAUGGGACAAACUUCACAUUUUGGAAGAGAAGGAUGAAGUUCUACCUAGGCUCUCUUGGUUAUGAUGUCUGGGAGGCAGUUUUGCAAGAACCUACAGCUACAUCUGCAUCAUCAAUUGAUCCAGAAGAGGGGAAGAAAUAUGUGAGCAACAAAAAGGCAUUAAAUGCUAUUACAAGUGCAUUAUCUGACACUAAAAUGGCAAAGCUGAUGACAUGCACUUCAGCCAAACAGAUGUGGGAUAAACUCAUUAGCAUACAAGAUGCCAGCAGAAGGCUAAAUUUUGUGAAUGCCAUCAGAAGUAUGGGUGAGACAUUGAUAGAGGAUGUAGUUGUUGCAAAAGUCCUAAGGUCGAUGUUACCCAGUUUUGACUCCAAAGUGUCAGCUCUUGAGGAAUCAAAGGACCUUGACAUUGUGACUCUUGAUGAAAUUCAUGGAGCUCUUAAUGCUUAUGAGAUGAUGACAGGCAAAGGCAAGGGUAAAGCAGUGGAUAAAGAGGUAGCUUUCAAGGCUUUUAAAAGGCUUGCCAUAAAGAAAAAAUCUGAUGAAGAAAUGAGUUGUGAGGAUGAAGCUAAAGCAAAUUUUGUGAGAAAACUUCUUAGAAGUACAGGGAAGUAUAAAGGCAAGCUUCCACUCAAUUGCUUUGAUUGUGGGGUAAUAGGACACUUUGCAUCCAAGUGUCCCAAUAGGAGAAAGAAAUUUGAUGAGGAGGAGGAUGAACCAAAGAAGAAGAAAAGAUAUCAAAAGAAGGAAUUUACAAGCUUGAAGUAUAGACUCAAGAAAAGGAGUCUUAUCACAAAAAGGGAUAGUGAUAGUUCAGACACUGAUUUAGAUGAGGACUCAGAUGGUGCUUAUAGUCAAGAUCUCUUCAUGGCUUACCAAGACAAAGGAAUAGAAAAGCAAGUCACGAAGAAAGAAGAUAAAUUUGAUGACGAUGAUCUUCUUGAAGCAGAGCUCAACUUGGAAGUAGAAUUGAUGUCAGCACUUGAUGAUUUGGAUGAUGAAAGGAGAAAGAACAAAAAGCUCACCAAACUCCUUAACAUCAGUAAUGAACAAAUCAAGUCAUUGAUAGAAAAGAGUGAAGAGGACCUUAAAUUCACAAUUGAGUUAGAAACGAAACUAUCCUUGAAAGAAGUUGAAUGCAAAGUCUUGACUGAAGGGAUAUAUGGCCUUAGAGCACAAAUGGAGGGGCAAGCUCAGGAAAUGAAUGAAUACAUUAACACUGAAGAGGAGUUGAUAGAGUUGAGAAGGAAAGUAGAGAGUUUGAAGCACUCUUGUGACUCAACAGCUACAGUUAAUGGCAAUGCAGCACAACCACAAGCUCCAGCUAGUAUGGUGAUAGAUCAGAUUCUUAGAGUACAGAGGCCUACAGGUGUUAGACAUGGAUUGGGUUAUGAGUUAGUUGGGACAUCUAGACAUGGUCAGAACAAAGAGAAGUAA